AUGAUCUGGUUCCUGGUUCUCGAUAGGCUGAUUAAGGCGGCAGAUUCCGUUCCGCGCUGGUGUGAUGCGGGCAGAAUUUAUCAUUCGCCCCUCAGGCUUUCUUCUCCCCUUGAAGUUUUCUUCCUUCACCAAUUACCUCCACCCCCAUUCGUCUUACGCGUGUUGAUCAUGGAUAUCAUCCUAGAACUGUGGGACACCUUCAUUGGUGAUCGCCUGUAUUCCACCCUCCUCCCGACCUCCCUCUCAUCCGCGUCCAUCCCGAGCUUUGUCAAUGUUGCCAACAGUUCCCUCUCCUUGUUCGGCGCCGCUGAGCCUUUCAUCUAUGAGCCAGCUACCCAACUACUUCGCCUAGAGCCCACUAAAUAUGCCUAUCUCAGCGCAUGGCCGCGGAACAACAUUUACCGCCAAUUCACCAGCUUCUUCUUGAUCACUUGGUAUGCGCCACUCCCUGCAAAACCACCCCCUUUCGAUCUAAUGUUUCUCGAAACUAACUUCAAGCUCAGGAUCUUUGGUCUUCUAGUCUAUUUCGUCGUUGCGACACUCUCCUACAUCUUCGUUUGGGACAAAACCACCUACAAACACCCUAAAUUCCUACGAAACCAGAUCUCCAUGGAAAUCAGACAAGCCAUGGAGUCUAUGCCCCCAAUGGCCCUGUUGACUGCACCUUUCUUUGUUCUGGAAGUACGAGGAUAUGCCAAACUCUACGACACCGUCGCCGAGGAACCAUUUCCCUUCUACAGCAUCUUGCAGUUCCCAUUUUUCAUCUUCUUUACCGAUUUCUUUAUCUACUGGAUUCACCGUGGCUUGCAUCACCCUCGCGUUUAUAAGGCCCUCCAUAAGCCGCAUCACAAGUGGAUUAUGCCCAGCCCUUUCGCUUCCCAUGCCUUCCACCCCCUGGAUGGCUGGUCUCAGAGUGUGCCAUACCAUGUGUUUCCUUUCAUCUUCCCUCUCCAAAAAGUGGCUUAUGUCUUCCUGUUCGGAUUCAUCAACCUCUGGACUGUCUUCAUUCACGAUGGUGAGUAUGUUGCCAACAGCCCGAUCGUGAACGGCGCCGCAUGCCACACCAUGCAUCAUUUGUAUUUCAACUACAAUUAUGGGCAGUUCACCACCCUCUGGGACCGUCUUGGUGGCAGCUACCGCAAGCCUAACGAAGAGCUUUUCCGACGCGAGACCAAAAUGGGCGAGAAGGAAUGGAAGCGCCAAGCCAAGGAGAUGGAAGCCAUUCUCGAAACCGUGGAAGGUGUUGAUGACCGCAGCUACUCCUCAGAAGAUAAGAAGAAAAACAUCUGA